AUGGCGGGGCAGCGGGCCGAGGCUGGGGCCGGAGCCCGGGCGCUGCUAGCGCUGCUGUCGCUGCUGGCACUGCAGGCGCUCCCGGCCGCCCCGCACCCGCAGUGCCUGGACUUCAGGCCGCCCUUCCGGCCGCCGCAGCCGCUGCUCUUCUGCGCGCAGUACUCGGCCUUCGGCUGCUGCACCGCGGAGCAGGACGCGGCGCUGGCCCGCCGCUUCGGAGCCCUGGCGACCCGCAUAGACGCCGGGGUGUGGGCGACGUGCGCUGGCUACGCGCUGGACCUGAUGUGCCAGGAGUGCUCGCCCUACGCAGCCCACCUGUACGAUGCAGAGGACCCCGCCACACCACUGCGGACUGUGCCCGGCCUCUGUGAGGACUACUGCCUGGACAUGUGGCAGACCUGCCGGGGCCUCUUCCGCCACCUCUCAACGGAUCGCGAGCUCUGGGCUCUGGAGGGCAACCGUGCCAAGUUCUGCCGCUAUCUGUCCCUGGAUGACACGGACUACUGCUUCCCGUACCUGCUGGUCAACGAGAACUUGAACUUGAACCUGGGACGCGUGGUGGCCGACUCCAAGGGCUGCCUGCAGCUGUGCCUGGAGGAGGUGGCCAACGGGCUGCGCAAUCCUGUGGCCAUGAUCCAUGCCGGGGACGGCAGCCACCGCUUCUUCGUGGCUGAGCAGGUGGGGCUGGUGUGGACCUACCUUCCCGACCGCUCGCGGCUGGAGAAGCCCUUUCUGAACAUCAGCCGCGCAGUGCUCACCUCACCCUGGGAGGGUGAUGAGCGAGGCUUCCUGGGUCUGGUCUUCCACCCCCGCUUCCGGCACACCCGCAAGAUCUACGUCUACUACUCGGUGGGGGUCGACUUCAACGAGUGGAUCCGUAUCAGCGAGUUUCGGGUCUCGGAGGACGACGAGAACACGGUGGACCACCACUCUGAGAGGAUAAUCCUGGAGAUUGAAGAACCAGCCUCUAACCACAAUGGGGGUGAACUGCUUUUUGGGGAGGAUGGGUACCUCUACAUCUUUACCGGAGACGGCGGGAUGGCCGGAGACCCCUUUGGGAAGUUUGGAAAUGCUCAAAACAAGUCGGCGCUGCUGGGCAAGGUGCUCCGCAUCGACGUGGACCGCAAUGAGCGCGGCCCGCCCUACCGCAUCCCGCCCGACAACCCGUUCGUGGGUGAUCCGGCUGCGCGGCCGGAGGUCUACGCUCUGGGCGUGCGCAACAUGUGGCGUUGCUCCUUCGAUCGCGGCGACCCGACGUCUGGCGCGGGCCGCGGGCGCCUCUUCUGCGGCGACGUGGGCCAGAACAAGUUCGAGGAGGUGGACCUGGUGGAGCGCGGCCGCAACUAUGGCUGGCGCGCCCGCGAGGGCUUCGAGUGCUACGACCGCAAGCUGUGCGCCAACGCCUCCCUCGACGACGUGCUGCCGAUUUUCGCUUACCCGCACAAGCUGGGCAAAUCGGUCACAGGGGGUUAUGUGUACCGUGGCUGCGAGUACCCCAACCUGAACGGCCUCUACAUUUUUGGAGAUUUCAUGAGUGGGCGUCUGAUGUCCCUCCGAGAGAACCCAGAGACAGGCCAAUGGCGGUAUAGUGAGAUCUGCAUGGGCCGUGGCCAGACUUGUGCAUUCCCAGGCCUCAUCAACAGCUAUUAUCCACACAUCAUCUCCUUUGCAGAGGACGAGGCUGGGGAGCUGUACUUCAUGUCCACGGGUGUGCCAAGUGCCACGGCUGCACGUGGGGUCAUCUACAAAGUGAUCGACCCCUCCAGACGGGCACCACCUGGCAAAUGCCAGAUCCACCCUGCCCAGGUGAAGGUGAGGAGCCGCCUCAUCCCUUUUGUGCCUAAAGAAAAGUUCAUCCGGAUACCAGGGAACACCCCGCGGCCCACAGCGCGCUUGCCUACCAAGGCGCCCCGCCGUAGCAGCCCCACUGCCCUACCACCUGCGCCUACUCCACGGCCUGCCCAGCCCACCCGGCGGCCCGCCAAGCCCACCCGGCGACCAGGGGGCCGGAGGGGCGGCGGGCGGCAGCGGGGACGGCCGGGCUCUCCGGGACCAUCGCCCUCGAAUGGCACAGUGCGUCUGGUGCGGCCAGCUGGCCUGAGCACUGGCCGAGGCCGGGUGGAGGUGUUCGUGGGCGGAAGCUGGGGCACGGUGUGUGACGAUGCCUGGGACACCAAGGCCGCUGCAGUUGUGUGUCGCCAGCUGGGCUUUGCUCACGUGGUGCGAGCCACCAAGCGCGCUGAGUUCGGAGAGGGCCGGACGCUGCCCAUCCUGCUGGAUGACGUGCGCUGCACGGGCAGCGAGCACAGCCUGCUGGAGUGCACUCAUGCUGGCGUGGGUACGCACAACUGCGGGCACCAGGAGGACGCGGGCGUCGUGUGCAGCCACGAAGACCCGGACUUGUAG